AUGGGCUUCAAUUUCAGAAAAAAGGAGUCCAAGCCAGAGGAGAGCGGUGUUGAGAAGGAAUCUGCCUUCAAGCAGGCCACUGUCUGGUUUCGCCUGCUACUCACUCCCGGAUACACCGCCUGGGACAUCUUUCUGCUUGUUGGGGGCCUCAUAGGAUCUAUCGCUGCUGGAGUCCCCUUUCCUCUCCUGGGUAUUCUAUUCGGUCAACUGAUCGAUAAUGUCAACUCCUCUUCAUGCGCCGAGUCUACCGGCGGCGACACUUCUACGUUGCAGUCUUCGAUUCGAACGAAAGUGCUCCUUGUCAUCUACGUUACCAUCGCCAACUGGUGCUUCAUCUACAUCCACACCACCUGUUGGUCCAUGUUUGGAGAACGACUCGUUCGACGACUGAGAGAGCGCUACCUGCGCAGUCUUCUCCGACAGGAACUGGCGUUUUUCGACGAGUUGCCCGCUGGGGAUGUCUCAUCCCGACUGUCAAACGACUUGGACCAGAUCCAGCAAGGUACUUCUGAGAAGGUCGGCAUCGUCAUCAGCAGCGUAUCCUACUUCGUUGCCGCAUACAUUGUCGCAUUCCUCAAGUCGGCCAAGCUAGCCGGAAUUUUGGUCUCCCUUGUGCCGGCCUACUUCCUCAUGACCUUUAUUGGCGGCCACUUCACUAAGAAGUACACCGGUGAGGUGUCGGAUGAGAUCGCGAAAGCGACGUCCAUCGCCUCAGAAGCGCUGAACAAGCUGAACAUUGUUCACGCCUUUGGUGCAAGCCGGCGACUGGAAGCCAAGUUCACCGAGUACCUUGGCCGUGCAAGGACGGAAGGCAUCAAGAAGACCAUCACUGCUGGGGUUCAGCUUGGUCUUCUCUACUUCAUUGCCUAUUCGACCAAUGCCGUUGCCUAUUGGCAAGGAAGUAGAACUAUUGCCGCAUCAGUUGAAUCUGGGUCAGGAGGAGCCGCAGUUGGUGCUGUGUACACGGUCAUCUUUGUUCUCAUUGACGCCUCCUUCAUUCUCAGUCGCAUCGCGCCAUUCAUGCAAAUCUUUGGCACGGCAGGCGGAGCUUCAGAGAAACUGAACAAAGCCAUCGCAAGGCAAUCUCAAAUCGACGGUACUGAUAAAUCGUACGGUCGAUGUCUGGACUCCGUCUCCGGCGGCAUCGAAUUCGACAAUGUGUCGUUUGCCUAUCCCAGCCGCCCUGACACGCUCGUCAUCAAGGAUCUGUCGAUGAAGAUUCCAGCUUACCAGCACACAGCCAUUGUCGGCCAGUCGGGAAGUGGUAAGUCUACAGUGGCUGCUCUACUCGCUCGACUCUAUGAUCCGAAAGAGGGUAUAGUUAGACUUGACGGCGUUGACGUUCGUGAGCUCAACGUCGGUCACUUGAGGGGCCAGAUUGGUGCUGUCCAGCAGGAUCCCGCGUUGUUGGACCGCUCUAUCCUGGAGAACAUUGCUCACGGUUUGAUCAAUUCGGAAGCUCCACAGAAACAAAUUGAUGCAGUUUUGCAUGGUCAAAUUGCAGACUUCGCAGACAAAGUGCGCAAGUCCAGCUCCUUCGAGAAUACGCUCAUCUCACAGUCUGCAUCGGUGAAGGCUGUCGUGGAGAGAGUUAUGAAAGCAGCUACCAUUGCCGAUGCGACUGGCUUUAUCAAUCGCCUGGACCAUGGCCUCGCUACCUCUGUCGGAUCUGCAGGCAACCAAUUCAGUGGCGGGCAAAAGCAACGAAUUGCUCUUGCUCGAGCAAUGAUGCGAGACCCAAAGAUCCUCUUACUGGACGAAGCCACUUCCGCACUGGAUUCACGUAGUGAGAGGCUCAUCCAAGGCGCGCUUCACGAAGCAUCGAAAGGCCGCACGACUAUUUCCAUUGUUCAUCGUCUGUCCACUGUCAAGAACGCUGACAACAUCAUUGUCAUGCGUAGCGGAAAGAUUCUGGAACAAGGAACGCAUGCCGAAUUGAUCGCGGCUGACGGCACUUACGCAAGUAUGGUUCGACUUCAAAAUGUAAGCCAACAUGACGGCACAGAACUUCAUGGUCAAGAUACCGAGCCUGAGGACGACAUCUCGUCUGCUGAAGAGCGUUCAAGCGACGACACAUUCGAAAAGGAAAAGAGCAAGACUGAGGAGACGCCAUUACCGGGCGAAACCCUUGCAGGAGAAAACGACAAGGUACUCGCUGAGCCCAGCAAAGAGAAGCCUGCCACAGGAAAGCGAUUCUUUUUCUUCGACAAGAAAGACAAGGCCAAGGACGACAAGAACGCCAGCAAUCGAGGUGUUGUCUCGACCAUCCGUGGUGUUGGUACCCUCACCCGCUCGCAGGCCUUGUUUCUUCUCGUGGCUUUCACUGCAUCUGCCAUUGUUGGAGGAUCCUACUCCGGCGAAGCCGUCAUCUUUGGUCACACCGUCAGCAGCUUCAGCUCAUGCAACGCUGCCUCUGCCAUUCGAUCUGCCGGUUCGUUCUGGGGUCUGUUGUACUUCAUCCUAGCCAUCGUCGAAUUCUUCGCCAAUUUGUUCAUGGCUGGAACGUUCGGCUUGGUCGGAGAAAACACUCUUUAUAAAGUUCGCAUCCUGUCGCUUCGUACGCUGCUGGGCCAGGACGUCGAUUGGCACGAGUCGGAUGGGAGAGAUCCUGCUGGCCUCUUGUCGUAUAUCACAAGCGACACUCAAGCUCUCGCGGGCUUGACUGGAACUGUUUUGGGAACGCUUUUCUCCGUCCUCAUCAACAGCGUCGCGGGCAUUGCUCUGUCGCUCGCUAUCGCAUGGAGAAUCGCCAUCGUCCUGUUGGCCUGUGUUCCCGUCUUGAUUGGAGCCGGCGUCAUGCGCCUUCGUUGCUACGCCAAAUUCCACGAAAAGCAUGCAAAAGCCUUUUCGAGCGCUACAGGAUAUGCCACCGAGGCUGUCAACUCUAUCCGUGUCAUCUCCAUAUUUUCACUGGAGGAAGAAGCCGUCAACGUAUAUCACCGCUCGUUGAAAGCACCCUACGAGGAGACGUCGAAGAUGCUCCUCUGGAGCAACGCCUGGCUCGCGUCGGCAUACAGCGUCAGCAACCUCGUCUACGCUCUGGCGUACUGGUGGGGCUCGCAGAACAUCAUUGAAGGGCGAUACUCCCAACAGUCCUUCUUCAUUGUGCUCACUGCCAUGUUGUUCAGUGCCCAGACUUGCGGUCAGCUAUUCGCCCUCGCACCUGACUUCUCAAAGUCGAAACUCUCCGCAGCAAGAAUCCUGGAUCUGCUGGAGAUUGGAAAGAAGUCCAUGACAGUUUCUGACUACGCGAUCAAAGGGUCAUACAAGGGUGAUGGUGUAGGCGCGGAGAAGGACAUCGAGUCGACACACUCUAGUCUAGAGAAGUCUGGCAGUGGUGGCAUUCGUGUCCAGUUUGAACGCGUAGAGUUCUCCUACCCGUCAAGACCCGACACGAAGGUGCUGAAGGGGCUCGAUAUUGACGUCAAGCCUGGACAGUUUGGUGCGCUUGUUGGACCAAGUGGUGCUGGCAAGUCCACCAUCAUCUCGCUGGUCGAGCGCUUCUACCGACCUUCAGCAGGCAGGGUCACACUCGACGGUCUUGACGUGAGCGGCUUUGCCGGCGCCGACUUCAGAAAUGACAUUGCACUCGUCCCGCAGGAGAGUGUCAUGUUUGAGGGCACGUUGAAGUUCAACUUGUCGCUGGGAGCGAGACCAAACCAGGAGGUGACGGAAGAGGAGAUUCAGCAGGCUUGCAAGCUGGCACACAUCCACUACACCAUUAUGGAGCUGCCUGAUAAGUACGACACGAGGUGUGGCCCCAAUGGCAACCAAUUCUCUGGUGGCCAAAGGCAGCGCAUAUCCAUCGCACGAGCAUUGCUCAGAAAGCCGCGACUACUGCUACUUGAUGAAUCCACUUCAGCGCUGGACAGUGAGAGCGAGAAGAUGGUCCAAGAUGCUCUCGAGAACGUGCGCAAAGGCAUCACUGUCAUUGCCAUUGCACAUCGACUGCACACAAUCGAAAAAGCCGACCGGAUCUUCGUGAUCGAGGAAGGACGAUGCACCGCCAAGGGAACCCAUCGGGAACUGCUGAGGGAUUCGGAGACGUAUCGCACGAAUGCAUUGCACCAGGUGCUUGGUGACUAG